AGGGACGCCGGCGCAGCGCUGGGAGCCGCCGUGGGAGCCUACCUCUGGGUCAAGCUCUUCGACGUGCUGGCGUCGAAAAAAAUUCUCGAGCGCAAACUCUCGCGAAAGGUCAUCCACACCACGUCCGGACCCUUCUUCGCGCUCACGUGGCCGCUCUUCAGCUCGUCCCCAGCCGCGUGCUACUUCGCCGCGUGCGUCCCCGCGCUGCAGGCGGUGCGGCUGUUCGGCAUCGGCAGCGGCUUGAUCAAGAAUGAAAACGCGGUGCGAGCGGUGAGCCGCGAGGGCGACAAGGGCGAGCUGCUGAAGGGCCCGCUGAUUUACACGAUCGUGCUGGUCGUCACCACCGCGCUGUACUGGAGGGGUUCGCCGGAGGGCGUCGCCGCGCUGGCGCUGAUGUGCGGCGGGGACGGUAUGGCGGACAUCGUGGGCAGGAGGCUCGGAGCCGGGAAUAAGCUCCCGUUUAACGAGGAUAAAUCCGCAGCCGGGUCCCUCGCGUUUUUCAUCGUGGGUUUCGGAAUGUCCGUCGGGUUCGUGGCGCUGUUUCACCACCUGGGGUACAUGGAGAUGGACGCCGGGGCCGCGGCGGGACGGCUGGCGGUGUUGGCCGCGGCGUGCACGGUGGCGGAGGCGCUUCCGGUCACGGGGGUGCUGGACGAUAACAUCUCGGUGCCGGUGCUCGCGCUGGUGCUCGGGAGCUUCCUCUUC